GCGAAGCGGAGGUCGAUCCAGCAGCAGCGCGGAGCAUCGCGGUGCUGAUCCUCCUCCUUCUUCUCUUCCUCCUCCUCUUCUCUCAGCGGAAUGCUGUCACACGUUCGGUGAACGCUGGUCGUGUUUUAGUCGAACUCUCAGCUGGAUCCAGAACCUUGCAGCUCGGGCCCAACAUGGGUUAGAAGAACCGCACGCGUGGAUUGUCCACUUUGCGCACUUGAGCGAGGAUGAUGGGGGACAGAAGUGGACUUGUUUUCACAAAGACGUGCUCACAAAGACGUGCACAGAGAGGGAACAGACGCCGGGUUCUGCCCGUGUGAGCGGCUUUCCUUGGUUAUUUAUUUAUUUUAUUUUUAUAUUUGUUAGAUUUUUAUUUUUGCGGUGCGCGACACAGAGAUGUUUGCUGAAGUGCUGUGCGGCGCCGUGGCUCUGGUCCUCUACGUCAACACUCUGAGCGCCGAUUUCUGCUACGACGACAGCCGCGCAAUCAAGACUAAUCCAGACCUGCUUCCAGAGACGCCCUGGGUAAAUAUCUUCUACGAUGACUUCUGGGGCACCUUGCUCACGCACAGUGGCAGCCAUAAGUCCUACCGGCCCCUCUGCACUCUCUCCUUCCGCCUGAACCGUGCCAUGGGUGGCCUGGAGCCCUGGGGCUACCACCUGGUUAACGUGAUCUUCCACGGAGCCGUGACGGGUCUGUUUACCUCCCUGGCUCGCCUGCUGCUUGGAGGAGGCCUGUGGACGGUGCUGGCGGGUCUACUCUUUGCUUCUCACCCUAUUCACACGGAGGCUGUGGCUGGAGUCGUGGGCCGCGCUGAUGAAGGAGCAGCUCUGUUCUUCCUGCUUUCCCUGCUGUGCUACAUACGUCAUUGCAAGCUGCGUGGCCACAGCGGGAGCUGGCGGCCCAUAGCUUGGUUCCUGGGCAGUUUGGCCUGUGCUGCGUGCAGCAUGCUGUGGAAGGAGCUCGGCGUGACCGUUCUGGCAGUAUCGGCGCUGUACGACGUCUGUGUUUUCCACAAGCUAAAGUUGCGACAGGCCGUCAUGCUCCUCUCCAAGAAGAGGAACCUGUUGCUGAACGUCUUUUUGCUGGCAGCGUGGGGAGCCUUUCUGUUGGCCUGCCGCUUCUACUGGAUGGGCAACAAACCGCCCAACUUCUCCAACUCUGACAACCCUGCGGCCGACUCCUCCUCGCUGUUCACCAGGGUGCUGACUUUUCUCUACCUGCCCGCUAUCAACUUCUGGCUUCUCCUCUGUCCGGACACACUCAGUUUUGAUUGGUCAAUGGACGCCUUGCCUUUGAUCAGGAGCCUUGCUGAUUGGCGGAACAUUCAUAUGCUGCUUUUCUACACGGGAUUGGUGCUGUUGGCUUGGUUUGGUCUGUGCGGCCAUUACACAACCAAAUGCAGGGACGUGAAUGGCAAAGCAAGUCAUUCUGCCAACGGCAGGAACGGCAGCAGUAAUGGGCACAGUUACCACUGUAGCGAUCAGGAACAUACGGGUAACUCACACACGGAGGCUCACAUUCACAAUGCCCAGAACGGUACCAGAAAGCACGAUGAGAGCAGGACUCCCCUGCCCACCACCAAAAACGUUGUGGUGUUCUCUCUAGGCCUGCUGGCCAUCCCGUUUCUUCCUGCCACAAACCUCUUUUUCUACGUGGGUUUUGUGAUCGCAGAGAGAGUACUGUACAUCCCCAGCAUGGGCUUUUGCCUGCUGGCGACGGUGGGGAUGAGGUCGCUGUACGUCCGUCUGCGGCGCAGGUCCUCCAGGACCGUGUUGGUGUACUGCAGUGCAGUCCUGGUUCUCCUGUUUGGUGUCAAAACCAUCGUGAGGAACAAGGACUGGCAGAAUGAGGAGAUGCUCUACAAAUCGGGAAUUUAUGUUAAUCCCGCUAAAGCAUGGGGCAACCUUGGAAAUGUCUUGAAGAGCCAAGGCAAGAUGGAUGAAGCAGAGCAGGCGUACAGAAACGCUCUGUAUUACCGCAGCAACAUGGCCGAUAUGCUGUACAACCUUGGUUUGCUGCUGCAGGAGAGCAACAAGUUCUCAGAGGCGCUGCGUUACUAUAAGCUGGCCAUUGGGAGCCGGCCAACGCUGGCCUCGGCCUACUUGAACACAGGAAUCAUCCUAAUGAAUCAGGGUCGACUAGAUGAGGCCAAGCGGACCUUCCUCACCUGUGCUGAAAUCCCAGACGAGAAUCUGAAAGACCCUCAUGCCCAUAAGAGCUCAGUGACCAGCUGCCUGUACAACCUCGGGAAGCUGCUCCACGAGCAGGGACACCAGGAGGAGGCCCUGUCUGUGUUUAAAGAAGCCGUUCAGAAAAUGCCGAGACAGUUUGCACCGCAGAGUCUCUACAACAUGAUGGGAGAGGCCUACAUGAGACUCAACAAGCUGACUGAAGCUGAACACUGGUACAGGGAGUCCCUGCGGGCGAAGCCGGACCACAUUCCUGCUCACCUGACCUACGGCAAACUCCUGGCAAUGACGGGCCAGAAAACAGAAGCAGAGAGGUACUUCCUGAAGGCCAUCCAACUCGACCCCACUAAAGGCAACUGUUACAUGCACUAUGGUCAGUUUUUGUUGGAAGAAUCGCGGCUGCUGGAAGCGGCUGGAAUGGCGGAAAAGGCGGCGCGUCUGGAGAGCAGCGAAUUCGAUGUGGUCUUCAGCGCGGCCCACAUGCUCAGGCAAGCCAGUCUAAACGAGGCAGCCGAGAAGUAUUACGGACAAGCAGCGAGCCUGAGACCGAAUUAUCCUGCUGCCUUGAUGAACUUGGGGGCGAUUCUUCACCUCAAUGGGAAACUGCACGAAGCAGAAGCCAAUUACCUCCGAGCAUUGCAGCUGAAGCCGGACGACACCAUCACCCAGUCCAACUUACGUAAGCUGUGGAACAUCAUGGAGAAACAGGGUCUACGGUCGAGCAGCCCCUGAGUCCCGCGGCCCACCUACCUGCUGUCUGUGCAGCAGGCCCACGGACAGGAUGGUCUACGCCCUCCUCCUCGCUCACUUUGCUCCUCCUGGAGAGGUGGAAGAGGUCACGGCUACGGGGGCACCUCCUCGCUAACGACUCCGGAGCGACACCUCAGGCCUGUGGCUUUCGGUAGACACAUUGCUCACACUUCAGCAGACACUAUGUGGACCUUUUAAACUCUUUCUUUAAAAAAAAAGAAAAAAAAAAGAAAAAAAAAGGGUGCUCUCACAGAUAUGUUUUUUUUUUUUUUUUUUUUUUUUUUAAAUUGGAGCACCUAAACUUGAAGCAAGACUGUUGGUACAUCAUUGAACAUUUGUAAUGAAGAAAUAAGCUUGAUGUUUAAAAGGGUGUGUGCACUCAAACAGUCGGUGCAGAGUGGAG